AUGGUAACAGAUUCCAAACAAGAUUUGCCUCAGUAUAGCAAAGACUCAGACUCAGAUUCAGACUCUAGCAGUAGCUCUAACUUAAGCGCUGUGUUCACUUCAUCUUCGAAGAGCGCGACUGUACUUCUCAACAGUGAAGAAUAUGACGACGAUGACGAUGACGAUGUGAACGGAUUAGAUAAUGAAUUGGCCGACAACAUAACUUAUGUGGGAGACGAAGAUGAAACCAUGCUUGUAGGUUUGAAAGAAAGGCAGAAACUGCAUCUAUCUGGCGCUUUUCGUUUACAAAUAGUGAAAGGUGGCAUCGUCUAUAACAAUGUACACUACAAUGCCUCGAGAGAAAUCUUGCACUUCUGGCACCCAUUAUCACAAUCUAUACCGACUAUAGAUUUUUCACAUUUCGCUGGUUGGCAAGAUACGAUAUUUUUGCCCAGAAACAAUAGAUUUAAUAUCAAAAAUGAUGAAUUGAAAUCAUUCCCGUGUGUUCUUCGCGUCUUCAAUUCAAGCCAGACAGGACUGUCAGAAGCUGGUCGUCUAUACCGUGAUGUUAAUUAUCUCUGGAAGCCCAAGGAACCGUAUUUCCCAUUAAACGAAAGGGCUACGUAUCAUCUAUUACACGAAUCAGAUGAGGUUCAGUCUUUAUCUAUACCGAGAUAUUGGUCGGCCCCUUUAGAAAAGUUAUAUUUGAAUCAUAAGAAUGCUACGUAUGACACAAGAAUCAUGGUACUUGGUGGUAAAAACUCUGGGAAAUCCACUUUUUUGAGGCUUUUGCUAGAAAAAUUUACGCAGGAUAUACGGGCUUCCACGACAGAUCAGGAUGAAUUGGUGUAUCUGGACUUAGACCCUGGUCAACCUGAAUAUUCAUUGCCUGAUUCAAUUUCUUUAAAUAAGCUGAUUCCAAAGCCAAUUACUCUCGGACAACAUCUUUGUCAGGGUUCUAACUUCCAAACUUUAUUGCAGUUUUACAUUGGGUCCUCUUCUCCUCAAGACGAACCUGCAUCAUAUUUGAACUCCGUUGAUAAACUUAUAGAUUAUUUGGAGGAACAAGCCUUUUUUGGAACAUCCUUGCUUAACUUGCCUGGGUGGAUUAAGGGAUUUGGGAUGCAGAUCUUGAAUCACAUUAUAAAGAAAUACAAGCCGACUCAUUUAGUCUUUUUGGAGACAGCAAACUCAAAAAGGCAUCUGGACGAACUAACUAUUCCGCAAAGUUUUUCUACAUCGUUACGGGACACAUACCUGCCUGAAGUUGUUCGCAUACCGGCCCAUAAUUUAAAUCACGCUUCACCUGCUAGGUUCCAUGCAUCACAACUACGAACUUUCAAAGUAUUAGCAUUAUUUCAUAAACUGACUCAGUUAGAUUACGAUUUUGCUCCGCUUUUGAAAUCGGCUCCUUUACAGAUUUCAUACGGUGGAGAUAAACGUGGUAUCCAAGGCAUCCGGUUUCCCAUGGAAUUCCAAAAUUUAAAUCCUGAAGAUAUCAGAUCUUCACUGGAAGGCGCAGUAGUUGGGAUACACACACAUUUAGAAGGAGACCCGUUGGUUGUAAAGAAAUUGGACACCUUCCCCAUUUUACAAUCCAGCACUCCUUCUCGUAAGAGCUUCGUAACCCUAGGACUGAUACAUUCUAUUGACACAUUGCAACAAAUAAUGAAUAUUUAUGUGCCUCCUUGCCAUAAAAAAAAUUUGGAUGAACAGCCUGAAGAUGUCAAAUGGAUAAUCGUAAGAAACAAGACAGAAACGCCCUUCUGUGACUUGCUUCCAUCGCAUCGCGCUAUAACUUGGGACCCUAGUAUACAAAUACCGUUUGCAACAUUUGAAAGAAGGAAGAAAUUAGAACAUGUCUGGAAGGUUCGUAAAAAUGUGAUGAGACGUGGGCAAUUCAUGAAAAGGUAG